AUGGAUUCCGCUAAGCAGCCCGUCAAGCUUGUCAAGGUCACCCGUGUCCUGGGCCGAACUGGUUCCCGUGGUGGUGUCACCCAGGUUCGCGUCGAGUUCAUGGACGACCAGACCCGUAGCAUUAUCCGAAACGUCAAGGGACCCGUCCGCGAGGACGACAUCCUGUGCCUGCUCGAGUCUGAGCGUGAGGCCAGAAGACUCCGAUAA